AUGCAUAAAGGGGAGAAACCUUAUAAAUGCCUGCACUGUGGAAAUAGUUUCAGGCAAAAAGUUCAUCUUAAGUCACACGAGAUGAUUCACACGGGGGAAAAACCAUUUCAAUGCAUUGAAUGUGGAAAGAGCUUCCAUUGCUCUGCAAACCUUACUGUCCAUCACAGAAUCCACACGGGGGAGAAGCCCUUUCAAUGCCUGCAGUGUGGAAAGAGAAUCCACAGUGGAGAGAAACCGUAUCAAUGCACCGAGUGUGGGAAUUGCUUCAGUUAUAAAAGUCACCUUAAUAACCAUAAAAGGAUCCACACAGGUGAAAAGCCUUAUAAGUGCACUGAAUGUGGCAAAUGCUUCACUCGACUGGGGACUCUCUCUAUUCACAAAAGGCUGCACACUGGGGAGAAACCAUACAAAUGCCUGGAGUGUGGAAAGAAUUUCGGUGAUUCCAGCCAGUUAACGUCCCAUAGGAGAAUCCACAGUGGAGAGAAACCGUAUCAAUGCACCGAGUGUGGGAAUUGCUUCAGUUAUAAAAGUCACCUUAAUAACCAUAAAAGGAUCCACACAGGUGAAAAGCCUUAUAAGUGCACUGAAUGUGGCAAAUGCUUCACUCGACUGGGGACUCUCUCUAUUCACAAAAGGCUGCACACUGGGGAGAAACCAUAUGAAUGCCGCAUAUGUGGAAAGUGCUUCAUUACAAAAAAUGAGCAUAUCCUACAUAGCAGGAUCCACACUGGGGAAAAACCAUAUCAGUGCCAAGAGUGUGGAAAAUGUUUCCGUGAUUCUGGAGAACUGACGAGCCAUAAAAGGAUUCACACAGGGGAGAAACCCUAUAAGUGCACGGAGUGUGGGAUGAGUUUUAGAAAAAGUGGUUACCUUUGUAUCCAUAAGAGGAUCCACACUGGAGAGAAACCGUAUACAUGUCAUGAGUGCGGAAAAAGCUUUAGUCGAAAUCAUUCACUCAGGAUCCAUAGAAGACUUCACUCAGGGGAGAAACCCUAUAAAUGCCUGGAGUGUGGAAAAUGUUACAGUGACAGUGGCAAGCUUACCUCCCACAUGAGGAUCCACAAAGGAGAGAAGCCAUUUAAAUGCAUCGACUGUGGAAAGAGUUUCAGAGAUUGCUGGAAUCUUACGGUCCAUAGAAGAAUUCAUACAGGGGAGAAGCCGUAUGAGUGUGUGGAGUGUGGAAAGAAAUCCAGAACCUGGAAUGACUUUAGUCACCAUAAGAAAACGCACAACAUGAAAAGUCAACACUAA